CGACUCUCACAAGGCCGGCCGGUAGCUAGCUAGCAUCCUUUUGGAAUAUGAGUUGUUGCAGAUUGAGGUAACUGCAGAGAGUGAAAUUACCAAGAUCUAGAAUUUCAUUCAUUUAUACUUUAAAAGGAAUGCCCACGGAAGCAAUGAGUCAACAAAUCUGAACAAGCAUCGAAUUGAUCACUUCCCCUGUGAACCCCUCAACCCCUUACCCUAAACUGGUCCCGUUCCUACCCACCGAAUUUAACCCAUUUUUAGCAGGGAACACGUACCGGCACCCAAUACAUCAGAGCAGCAGCAGCUCGGCUCUCCUCGCUCCAUGCCAACAUACCACCAUAAACGCAACAGCAGCAGGGGCAGCCGGCCAAGGCGAGAGAAAACUCCUGAGAGAGCUGGAGCCGUAGGCUUGGCUAGCUGUAGGUCUUCCUUGUUGCUUCCCUAGCUACACAUCCCUUACCCUAAGCGCGCAUCUCGCGCUAGCUCUUGGGCAAUGAGCGAGCAAGGCGGGCAGCACGUCGGGGGUACCAGCCCGUCGGACACGGCCAUCGAGUCCUUCUCGCAGCUCCCCUUCGUCCGCCCCAAGCCCCCGCAGCCGCCGGCGUCCUCGUCCAGUCCCUCGUCGAUCCGGCUGUUCGGCUUCGAGGUUCCACCCGACGCCGUCACGUCCUCCUCCGCAACCAGUGAUGCUACCGCGGCCAGCAGCGCCACCGCAGCGGGCGGCCAGGUGGUGGUGUCGGGUGCCGGUGCAGGUGCAGGCGACGGCAGCGGCAGCGGCGGCGCAGGGCGCAAGUUCGAGUGCCACUACUGCUGCCGGAACUUCCCGACGUCGCAGGCGCUGGGCGGGCACCAGAACGCGCACAAGCGGGAGCGGCAGCACGCGAAGCGCGCGCAGUACCAGAGCGCGAUGGCCAUGCAUCACGCGCACUACCCUGCAGGCUACCAUCCCCACGCGUACCCCGCCUUCACUGCUAGCUACCACCACCGCUUCGGCAUGGCGCGGUACGAGCCCCCGCCGGGACCGCCGCCGCACUACCCCUCGUGGUCCAGCCACCAUCCCACGCAGGCUGCCGCUCCGCCGCCGGUGGUGGUGCCCAGAUACUACGGCGGGGCCGCCGGCUCCCUGUCGCAGCCCAUCAACGGCAGCCCCGUGCCGGCUGCCGCUCUCUGGCGGGUCCCGGCCGUUACCGUGGCCGCCGCGGCGCCACUGGUGCGCCAGGAGCGGCCGGCGCCGCUGUCCUUGGGCGGAGGACGUGGCGAGGACGCAAUGGCAGGAGCAAGGAAAGGGAACGUAGCAGCAGGACACGGAGGCUCGCGUUCUUCCUCCUCGUCAUCCACCUCGUCGCAGCAUGAACGCCGCCGGGCAGGUGCUGCUGCUGCUGCAGAGAACAGAGAGAACCUGCUGCGUGGGAGGAGACUCGCAAUCAAUUGACAAUGGUCACAGCUCCUGGACAACCGUCCAACAAAGUGUCAAUCUUCACAAGUGUCGAUCUUCUUAGCUCUAUGCGUGAUGACAUCACCAAGUACAAGACUGAUAAGGUGAUUGACCGAGCUCAAAGCACAAGAUUGGCCCUUACCAAUUAGAGAGGGUCUUGUUUGGUGAUGUUCAAGCAACUAGUGGAAAGUACCUGAUAAUCAGAGGCCUUCUAGGUAAUAAAUAUGUUUGAUCUCUUCUUUGCAUGUAUCUUCUCCAUAUUAUUUUGGGAUGGCAUGAUACAAUUUUGCUGAUCAUUGCAUAACUUGGGAAACUAAAGGCACUUUCAGAAAUGAUCCAGAGUGCACCAAAUAUUUUAUUAUUUAUUGAAUUUUAAAAGGAUGAGGUCUCACGAAGAGAAUCGACCCAACGAUGAAGGCUUCCCCUCUUGGAACAGAUCACCGAUAAAUUGAUGAUCGCACAUGGCACAUUAUUAAUGCUGAGAAGAGGGAAUGAUAGAGAUCAAUUUCUUCUGUGUUAAUUGCUUUGUGUUUAACAUUUAGUACCUUCUAUCUUAAGAUCAUCAUGCACACAUAGAGAGCAGUUUUGCUUCUCAAAGUAACCCAUUUGAGCAUGACUGCAUUGUUCAUUGCAUGCAUUUAACAUGCAUUGUAUCUUAAUAUCAUCAUGCAUAUGUACAACAACUUUUAUUCUAAAAAGUAGCCCAUCUAAUCAUGAUGUUGUUAGUGUAAAGUGUAAACAUAUGAUGACAUCAAUAUCAAUGGGUUCUAAUGUAAGUGAGUAAGAAAUGGUACAA